AUGACAGCACACAACGACGGAGACAGAAGGAAAACUGGAAAACCAACAACGGAGAGACGGGAAUUCCAGAACAUCGAAGGGGAAUUCACGAGGCACGAGACUCGAGGCCGGCUGGCUAACCAGCCGGGCCGGGAAGACCACGAACGUGUCUUCGAGACUGGCGGGCAGCAAAGCCGGGUCGAGAAGACAACAAAUGCAGCCAGCGGGCCUUCAGCCAACAAUGUCUUUUCUUACCAUAAAAUGUAA